AUGAAACACAUGCAAGAUUGCAAGUUCUUUUCAUACAAUGCUCUCGCUACUGCCAUCAAGAAUGAGUUCAAUAAUGCUUCAAAUGUUAAUGUUAUCUUUAACAAGAAGUUUGUGAAAGAAUCUAAGUUUGGUCAGUAUGUCAGACCAUUAGCUAUCGUCAUUGACCGCAAACGUUAUACUUCACAAGAGUUAGCAGUAGUUUUGAAACAAAAGAGUUUCUUCGUGAAUGUCAAAGAUACUCAUUAUACUGUCAUAAAGAACUCUAACAUUGACUUCUUCAGUAUUGCUUUAAAUCUUUCCGAACAGAAAGAAUAUAAGAAGGGUGAAACAAAUGUGAAA